AUGCUUCGCGACGAUUGGGAACUGCAUUUACGCAUGCACCUCACCUUGCCUCCCAAGCCGGGAAGACCAGCUUCGUCGUCGGCGAAGGGUCGCGCCGAGGCAAUUUUUGACUUCUAUGAUGAUUGGGACAACGAUGAUGCCGACGACAGUUUACUGGGGUGGGGUACUGAUGAGCUAGAUCGCUUAUUAGCGGGCAGUGGGUUGACGCGUGGAGGUUCUGAACAGCCCCGCAGACAACGGAAGAUGAGUUAUGGCACGCGGCGGGCAAGGAGAAAAAGUACCGUGUUGGUUCCAGAUGACCGGAAUGAUCCGACAGUUAUUCCAAGCUCAUCGUUUCUCGGUUUCCUGGAACGAUUCCCAUGGAGGUUCGGGGCCCGAGGUUUAAAAUACCAACCCUCCGUGGCUGACCUUCAAGAGCAUCCUACCGGAUUGCGGAUGCAUGCGCAUGAAGAUGAGCCUCUGAUGGAGGCAGAGGGGGAGAUUCAAGGACCGAGCUCUAAUGGCAAGGCCGGAAGGUAUCGCAGCUCAACCCAGUCGUCACGAGAAACUGCAAAUUCUCUGAGUUCGCGUGGUGAUCUGUUCCCUAGUGACGAGGAAGAAGAUGCAGUACCGUUGGAUGAUGAGUUUGCUAUGGCGUUGGGCAGCCGUCGAGGAACUGGUUUGGAGUCGGAAGAUCAAUUCAGUGAUAAGCCUGCGAGUAUGAGGUCUGUAUCAGGCUCGUUUAGCUUGGCGUCGAAAGAGUCGAAGAAGCGAAAGAAGCGAAGCAGUCGACUACGAUCUCCUCAAAAUUCUUAUAUUGAUGUCGCACAGGAUAUCACCGCUCCUUCAAUAGUUGAUCUACACAAGGAGGAGGAACAAGCAGAACGCCAGGAAGAAUUGGAGAUCAUAAGGAAACGACUUGCUGCGCGACAAUUGGCUUCAAGCCGCGGCCUGAGUCAAGCGAGAGACCAGUCCACUCCACAACCCCUUGUACUUCCCUCUCCAACCGUCUCUACGGAGACUUCCCGCCCUGAACUUUCUGUUAACACCCCCCACGAAUCUGCAGGAGAAAGUGAACUCUCCACUGGAAGAAUGUCUGGCGAUUUUUCACAGACGGAACCAUUCCCGCCUCUACCGCUGACAUCACCGGCAGCAAGCGAAGGCCUGGAGCCUGAAGACCAGCCGGAAUCAGCAGAAAUCAACAGAGAAGAUCCCCCGAAUCAUUGA